AGUAACGUGACGUGUAGUCUCCUAGCGAAGUGGAACUUGUAUCUGCACUAAAGAAGAAAGUUUGAAAAGUUUGGUUUGGUUUUUUCAUUUCUACAAAUGUCAUAAUGUUCACUCUCUGUUACCACAGCCUGUGUCUGCUGCUGUUGCUGCCUCUGGUAUGUUCUCAGCUACUACGCUGGGUACACUCCCCCGAUUAUCCCCUAGCAUACCCAAACCACCUCAGCAUGAACUGGUCUGAGUGUGCUCCAGUGGGGCUUUCAGUGUCUCUGACCCUCAUUCAUCUGGACCUGGAGAACAGCACACUGUGUGAACAUGAUGCUCUCAUGAUCUUCAUUGACAGGCAUCUAAACAUGUCUCUUUGUGGCAGUAUGUCAUUUAAGGAGCUGCAGUCUUCUGUCAAUCCCCAUUUACGCUCCACAUCUGGAGGCUGUUUGUCCAUCCAGUUCCGUUCAGAUGUGUCUCUCCCACAGGUCCACGCUGGCUUCAAUGCCCUCUACCAAACAAGAGAUGUUGAUGAAUGUGCAAGUCAGAAUCAUCAAUGCAGUCAUUUCUGCUAUAACUUUAUCGGAGGGUUCCGCUGCAGCUGUCCACAUGGAUAUCUCCUUAAGCCCGACAACCACACUUGUGAUGCUAUUGUCUGUGAGGAGCCUAAGCCUUUCCGGAAUGGACAUGUGCAAUUUAUUAAGGGCUCUAAUAAUGAAUACUUAUCAGUCUUUAAGUACCGCUGCAAUGAACCAUUCUACACUUCCAAUGAAAUUCAGAAUGGGAGUUACACAUGUGGCGCUGACCAACAAUGGAGGGAAAAUGGCACCAGCAUCAUUCCGUCAUGCCUUCCAGUAUGUGGUCACCACAAACUACAUGGUAUUGGUAGAAUACUUGGAGGGAAGAAGGCUCGUCCUGGUACUUUCCCCUGGCAGGUCCUUCUCCGUCCCUCAGGACAUAAAGCAGGAGCGUUCAUCAUUGGGGAAAAAUGGAUAAUGACUACAGCCCACAAUCAACUUUCUCCAGAAAAUGUUAAGGCAUAUGUCGGACAUAAUAAAGUAAAAGAAAAGGAAAAGUUUAUUGCUCUUAACAUAUCAUCAAUAUAUGUCCAUCCACAUUACAACAACACUGAUGAUACAAAUUAUGACAAUGACAUUGCUCUGAUUAAGCUCAACACACCGAUCACAUUCAGUGACACAGUAAGGCCACUCUGUCUGCCUCCAGAAGGAGCUGAAAUGGAGGUCAAGUCUGGGUGGGUGUCCGGUUUUGGUCUGACAGAAUUUCACAUGGAUUCAGCUGAACUACACUAUGUUGAGCUUCCCAUCGUGGCUAAUGAAACAUGUAGAAAUUCCUUUGCAAAGGAGAGGGAAAAAGAGAGCUGGAUUUCUCAUCUUACGGACAACAUGUUCUGUGCUGGUUUUAAGGAGGGUGGGAAGGACUCCUGUAAAGAGGAUAAUGGGUCUGCCUUUGUUGUAAAAAAGGAUGAUGUACACUGGGCAAAGGGCAUCGUUAGUUGGGGUCUAGAUUGUGGCCGGGCAGGUAUGUAUGGAGUGUACACUCGGGUAUCAAGAUAUCUUGACUGGAUAAACAAAGUCAUGAGUGAAAAUUAUUCAAACAAUCUGCAAGUGGAGUGGUUAUCUCAGUCCCCCUCUGAGACAGAGAGCAUUUCUCUGACAAUGGCAGAACCUGCUCUCUCUUGUCCUUCCUCUUCAUCCACCCCUCUAAACACCCUCACCAACAGGGUCUCCCAUUUUGCCCUGCAAACACCCAGUGAUGUGACUGGAAUUUGCUCCUUACUCAGUCUGCUGUUUGUUUAUCUAAUGCCCUUUCUGUUACUUCAUGCUCAAACUGCUCUCAAACUCUUAUUCACCUGCUUUACUUUGCUUUUCAAUACUGCACUAAUGGACUGGAGUUUGAAACUCAUAUGGAUUCUUGCAAUAUAUAUGAACAUACAGAGUUUUGCAUUCCAACCAGUGAUGUAUGGUGAAGUUCAGUCUCCUCACUAUCCUGAACAUUCUCCAUCUCCUCUUCAUGAGCACUGGGACCUGGAGGUGCCCAAAGGCUACCAGAUUCAGCUCAACUUCAGCUACAUUAAUAUCAAGCCGUCACAAGACUGCAGGAAUGACUUUCUCAAGAUAGUGCACAAUGGAACGGUGGAGAAGUUCUGUGGUGAAAGGAAUUCAGGAAAUGGCAGUCAUCUGGGUAUCAGAUCCAUUUCCAUACCUACCAGCAAUGUUCGACUGUCCCUUCAGACCAGUGAAGUUGACAAAGGGCCUUACCCACCUGUGGGCUUCUCUGCAUUCUACCACGCUGAAGAUAUAGAUGAAUGCUUAGAGAACAGAAUAGACCUCCACUGCUCUCACAUCUGUCUCAAUACCAUGGGCUCUUACCUUUGUGCCUGUCCUCAUGGCUUUAGACUGAAGUCUGACCAGCACACCUGCAUUGAGGUUCAAUGUGAGUCUCCAAACAACAUAAACGGCAGAAUAACCCCAGCACUUCCCACGUACUACUACAACAAUGUGACCACUGUUCACUGUGACGAGGGCUACAGAAUCAUUACAAAAGACGGAGAGGUCAGCAUGUAUAAAUUCACCUGUCAGAUUAACGGCCAGUGGAGUUUACCCCUUCCUCAGUGCCACAUUAUACAUUGUGGAGACUUGCCAGUUUUACUGAAUGGGAAAGUGUUCUACAUCUCUGGUGCUCAUAAUCAGUAUCGCUCUGUUAUUAAGCUGCACUGUAACGAGCUGUAUGCUUUGCCUGCCACACAAAAUGCAACGUUCACCUGUGAUGCAGAUAAGAAAUGGAAAGAUGAUCGCAACAAAGUGAUGCCUGUGCUUCCCAAGUGUCUCCCAGUGUGUGGACGUCCAUCUGCUGCUCUGACGCGCCGCAAGAGGGUGUUAGGAGGUCAGCUUGCUCCACAGAGGGCCUUUCCCUGGCAUGUCUUUAUGCACCAGCCAGUUAGAGGAGGUGGGGCUAUAAUAGCAGAACAGUGGAUCUUGACAGCAGCGAACAAUUUGAUGUCCAAUAACCAACCUGUUUCCCCAGACAAAGUGAAGCUACACAUUGGAGGCAAUGAUGCACUACAACUAUCUUCCAUGCCACCUCUACAGAUCGAGUCUGUACACAUUCAUCCCUUGUACAAUAAUUCAGAUUUCACAAACUUCGACCAUGAUCUUGCACUGAUAAAACUGAAGAAUACCAUUCAAUAUAAUGCUGAUGUUAUGCCACUCUGUCUGCCUUCAGUGGAAGAUGAAUAUACUCCCAGCCUCACUGGGUGGGUUUCUGGCUUUGGACAGACUGCGAGAUCAAAAAUAUCCAGGUUUCUCAGGUAUACUUCCCUCCCUCUUGUGGAUAAGGAGAGGUGCCAAAAAUUUAUUGAUAAUUUGAGGAUCCCAGUGCCCCUAACAGACAACAUGUUUUGUGCUGGGGUCCCAAAAGGCGGAAAAGAUGCAUGUGGUGGUGACGCCGGAGGGGCAUUUGUUUUGAAAAAGAAUGGCGUGUUCUGGGCUGCAGGGAUUGUUAGCUGGGGGUAUGAGUGUGGUAAACCAGGCAGAUAUGGGGUAUAUACCCGGGUAGCGCAGUAUGUAGACUGGAUAAACAAGACAAUGAGUGAAAACUAAAGACAGUACAUAUCUAGUACAGUUUUAUUGUCACUGUAUGCAAAACCGUAAAGCGUCUGGAGUCCAACAGAUGUAUUUCAUUUGUUUGAUUUAAUUGAUUAAAUGUAUGUAUAUAUGUGUACAUGUAGGAACAUGAACUUUUCUGUGUCAUUCACUGUCAGUGUUUCUUUUAAAUCUGACGAAUUCGGUUUUAAACAGUGUCUUUUUAAACCAUAAUGUUUGCCUGUCUACUCUUAUUGCUUGAAAACAAAUAAAGAAAUGCUUAAACCA